UAUCUUAUUUUUAAAACAAAUGUGAUGUAAUUUAUUCGAGUUACACCACGAGAAUAACACUAUUCAAACUUGCAAUCAGUUACUUUUUCCGUUGGACAAAGAGUAGGUUUAUAGGGUUUGGGUUUAGCGCCCUUUUUUGUGAUUUCUGAGUGUUUCUGAACAACAUAACCUCAAAAAUUCACGAUAACGGAAAUUUAACCAGUGGUUUAAAAUGAUUUUGUUGCUUUUGUGCAUAUAAUAAUUUGUGUAUGCAAGAUAUAGAGGAAUUUAAAGAAACAUGGGGCUAUUAUUUAAAAGAGUUAAUGGUUCCCCAAUGGAAUUUCAUUUGGAAAAUUUGCCGGAGGAAUUUUUCGAAAAAUACUCAAAUUUGAUCAGAAGCAAUGGAGGAAAAGUUCAAACAGAGCCUGACAAACAAGUUUUGACAUUUACGCUACCAUCACGCUCUUACAUUUAUCUCUUUGUUUUCGACGUCAAAUUCAUCGAGGAUUGUGUGCAGUCCAAAAAGAUUUUAAAUGUAGCUAAAUAUUUUAUUGGAGACACGAGACUAACUCCUAAAUGUCAGAUGUCAAUAGCGCCAUUGGGAACAGAUACUUGCGGGUGCUGUUUUUUCACACGUGAAGAUUUGGAAGGUGCCACAGUAAGGAGACUAGAAAACUUAUCUAUUGAAGGGGCUCAAGGAUCCGUUUUAAAAUCAAAUUCACCUCCUCAGCAAACAGAAGAAUUAACUUCGAAGGAAAAUGACUUGGUUUCAAAAGAUCAACAAAUACCAGUGAUUGUUGCAACAGAAGUGAUUGAACCGAAUUCCAUAAUUUCGGAAUCUAGACCAUUUUCCAGAAAUUCAGAAACGUCGAGUUCAAAUGCUGGGACAACUGUUCUAUUAUCUGAUUCAUCUGAUUCGGAAAAUGAGUAUAAACCUCGUUCAAGAUCUGAAUCAGUUAAUUCCAGAUUAUCACCAGAGUCAAGCAUUGCUGCAACAGAAUUAAAUGAAUCGAAAACAAGUAUUUCGAAAUCUCGAAGAUCGUCUACAAAUUCGGAAAGAUCUGGUGCAAAUGAUGAAACACCUGCUUCUGACAUAACCGAUUUCGAAAUUCCCAACUCGCCAGGUUUGAGUUCUAAAAUAUCUGCCGUAAAAUUGGAAUCUGAGCCUAUGUCGCCACCUCUUUCCAGGUCUGAAUCAGUAAAUUUAAAAUCCUUACCUGAGGCUUUUGUCUUAUUAAGAAGAUUGGAUGAAUUGCAGUCGAGAUACGCAGAAGUUUUCGUAAAAUCGGAACCCCUUAAUGUAGAGGGAUCAUCUACUUCAGAAUUCGAGCCGUCUGAUACGGAAAAUGAAUCAGAUGAUUCAUUUUCAGAUUCUAAACCUUCGACUACAAAACGUGUUCAUAAACGUGGAUUAGGAAAACGUCUCCCACCAGAAUCUUACCAACCAACUGAAGAAUUAAUUAAGUGGGCGAAGGAAAUCACAAAAAAAAGGAAAAAGGAUCAAUAUGGAUAUCCAGAAGCAGAUACUAAAUAUUAUCAAAGAUGGGAACAACAAACAAUGGUGGAUUUCCUUAUAAAAACAAACAAAAUUAAUGUUUCCGGGGGGCCUUAUACAUGGCAACUUGCCAGCAAUUUGAAGAUCUUUCCGAAAUGUAGGUCAUAUAGCUCUUUAAAGACAGAAUUCCGCUCGAAUGUUCUGUCCAAUAUUGAAAGUUAUAAUUUGUCACCAGAAAUAGAAGCAGAAUUUCUUAAAACAAGACCGAAAAUUGAAGAAGCAUCUAAAGAAUUAAAAGAAUGGGCUAAGAAAGUAACUAAAAAUAAAAAGAAGGACAAAUUUGGCUACCCAGUAGGAGGUAAUCAAAUUUCUGAAUGGGAACAAGAAAUGAUUCUUGCCUUCCUGCUUGAAUCAAAAAAAAUUGAUAGAGCCAAGUACCUUGAAACCUGGGACUUUGCUCAUAGCUUAAAAAUCUUUCCACAGCAUAGGCCAAAGAAAGUUCUACAACAGUGCUUUAUACGACGGAUGCUGCCUCGCAUCGAAACAUUUGAUUUGCCACAGAACAUUAUAGAUCAAUUUCUCAAAUUGAGAAAACCUAGCGCUGAAGGAUUGAUAGAGCCAUCAGCCGAACUGAAAGCAUGGGCUGAGGAACUAAUGGAGAGCAAAAAAGCGGACGUUUUUGAGUACAAAAAAAAGAGACACCGAGGUUUAGAGUCUUCGGAACAAGAUACCAUGGUGCAAUAUCUGAUUCGUCUUAAUGUCAUUGAAAAGGCCAGAAUGAAGAGCACGUGGGAACUUGGUUUCAAACUGAAACUCUUCUCGGCACCCAGAACACCUUUCUCUUUAAUGAAAACUUUUCGCGACCAGAUUCUUCCGAAAAUUGAGAAUUUUAAAUUACCACCAGAAAUAGAAGCGAAAUUCCUCAAGCUCAGACAAGAAACUAAAAAUUCCACAACAGUCGAAAUACCAGAAGAAGUAAAAGCGUGGGCAGUACAAGUAGUGAAGAAUAGAAAAAAGGACGCAUUUGGAUUUCCUGUAGAGUUGCGUAAGAAAAUACAGUCUUGGGAAAAACGAUUAAUGGUCCAAUUUGUUGUGAAAAUGGGAAGGAUUGAUCUGGCUAAGGCACCUAACUUUUGGAACCAUGCUUACGAGUUGAAAAUCGUGCCGAGACAGAGGACGAGAUUCUCUCUAGCAAAUACAUUCAUGUACCACAUUCUGCCAAAUAUUGAGAGCUACAAUUUGUCGCCGGAAAUUAAAGCGAAAUUUAUAAAAUCAAGAACAGUUGCAGAUAUGAAACGAGUGCCGCGACAAACGCCCAAGGGCCUUGAUAUCUCAAUUUCGAAAUAAAAUUGAUUCACACUUGAGAAAA